AUGUGGGAAUCGAGACUGCUAAGCCAUUUCUUCUUUGUUCUGCUUCUACUCCUCAGAGCAUUCUUCUCCAUUGCAGUUGAUACCCUUUCGAAAGGUCAGUCCCUUUCAGCAAUGAAUACCGACAGCAUAUCAUCUAAUGGUAGCGUAUUUGAACUGGGAUUCUUCAAACGAGGUACUCCUCCAAAAUUCUACCUGGGGAUAUGGUUCAAACGCUUAGUGGGCGAGAGGAUUGUUUGGAUAGCAAAUAAAGAAAAACAUUUGUCUGACCCAUCUUCUUCAAGACUCGAAUUCUCAGAAGAUGGCAAUUUAGUCCUUCUUGAAGGUUCCUACAAUAUGCCAUUUUGGUCCACAAAUUUGCAGAAUCUUCCUUCAAAUUCAACUGAAGCAGUAUUACGUAAUGAUGGAAAUUUCGUUUUAAGAGAGAGAUCGAGCGUUUCUGCUAUAUUUUGGGAGAGUUUCAACCAUCCAACUAAUACAUGGCCGCCGGGUGCAGAGCUGGGGAUGGAUAAGGCUGGAAAAGUACCGAAACAGCUUAUUUCAUGGAUAAAUUCAGAAGAUCCAUCACCAGGUGUGUUCUCGUUGAGGCUAGACCCAAAUGAUAGUAACCAAUUUAUCUUGGAGUGCAACAGGUCCCAAGUUUAUUGGAGAAGUGGAGUUUGGAAGGGAGAAUCUUUCAACUCCUUCCCUGAGAUGAGGUGGUUGAAUCAUAUAUUUAACUUCAGUUUCGUGUCAAAUGAAAAAGAAACCUAUUCUACGUACUCUCUUUAUAAUACUUCUCGCAUGUCCCAGUUUUUGAUUAGUUCUAAUGGACAGAUCCAGCAAUACAUGUGGCUGUCCUCUGCUGAGCCGUGGUUUCUAUUUUGGGCUCAACCAAAAUCACUAUCUGAUGUCUAUGCUUUGUGUGGUCCAUUUGGCAUAUAUCAUGAUACUACAUCUCGUCCUUGUGAUUGUCCAAAAGGCUUUGAACCAUUUUCAGAUACUCAGACCAGACUAAACGACUGGUCCGGUGGUUGUUUGAGGAGAUACCCUUUGCAAUGUGAAAAUCGUAAUGCCAAAAAAGAUUGGUUUCAGAAAAUACCCAACACCACAUUGCCAACUAACUGGAAAGCAUAUUCGGCAGUCAGUGCUCGGAGAUGUGAAUUAACUUGCAUGAAUAGUUGUUCUUGCAUAGCUUAUGCUCAUAAUAGCACCGGGUGUAUGAUAUGGGAAGGAGCUCUUUGA